AUGUCACAGUCAGCGGCAUCGGCUGCUGCCCGGUUGGCGCGUAAGUUGGAUAAGUUCCAGCAGCAUCGUCGAGAUAUGGAGAGGAGAGCUAGAGAGCUGUCGAUGCUGGAGGAGCAUGAGGCCGAACAUAGACGGCUUAUGAACCAUGAUGAGACAUUGGCAUAUGAAAGGAGGAAGAAGAAAUUGGCUAGUGAGUGGGAGGAUGCCCAUCAGCAGAGAUGGGAGGAAAGUCUUAGGAGCCGCUAUCAGCGUGAGGAGGAGGAUGCGAAGUUCAGGAAGGUCGGCUCUCGGGCGGCAGCGGCUCGUGAGGCGGUGAGGAGGAUGAGGAAGGCAGCAGCCCGAGAUCUGUCCGCGACCAUCCGGGACUUUGAGGAUCGUCUUGGCUCGGCGAUGGAUGUUCCGGAGGAUGAGAGUAGCCUUGAGGGCGGCUCUCUGAUGGAGGCUAUGAGACGCAGUAAGGCUGUUGGGAAUGCAGCUCGUGAACGGAGCGAUGAGUGGCGUAGGCAAGUGAUGGUGACGAUAGAAGAGGCGGAUAGGAGCCGUAUGACUGAGAAUUGGACCCGACGUAUGGAGGAGUGCGCGGUCCGUGAGAAUUGCCGAGCCGAGGAUGAGCUCAAGAGGACGGUGUUUGACAAGAUGAGGGCUUAUGAACACUACUUGCAAAAGAGUGCUUCGCUCCGCCUGGCUAGGAUUCGGAAGUACGAGGAGGAGCGUAAAGAGAUGUUGGAGGGGAGAGAGAUGGCGCUUGUUGGCGAGGCCUUGAGGAGCUUCAAGCUGAGGAUGGACGACCAUAGAAGGCAGUAUCGCAUGCUCAAGCGGCAGGCUCGAGCUUGUGGCAGUAGCAGGGUCUGCGAUAUGGUGGAGGCAAUCCUCGAACAAAUGCUAUGUCUUGCUGUUAGUGCUGUUCAUCAUAGAGGUGUUAUUGAUGCGGGUGAUAGCUUUAUGGAAGAGGACACUUGGAGGGGUUGGACGCGUGUCUUUGUGGAGGGCUUGUUCCUUGAGAACCGCCGUGCAAAUACACAUGUGCUCGCUCUGGAUAGUAUCGUGAGCCCUCCUGAGGUUAAUGUGAUUGAGGAAGGCGUGAGAGAGGAGUCCAUGCAGCAGCUUGGUGGGAUGCCUAUAGCAGUUUCGGAGAGGAUGAAGGUCCAUGGCCAGACAACGACUGAGGGGGAGGACCAGCUGGACAGGAUGGACGUGGAUGAUUAUAUCAAGGGUCGGGGGAAGGCAUGGUUGUUGUCGCCGGAACAGGCAUCUGCUAGCAGGUACGUGCUCAAAACAGCUCUCACCGAGGUGUUCGGGGGAGGAGACGAGGACCCUGUUGCGGUGGCUCUGUGGAGGGAUAUCGAGGAUGAGGAGCAGCAGGAGGAGGGGAAGCCUCGUAGUGACUUGGUCAAUAACAGGCUGGCAGCCCUGGUAGAGUUCGUGUGCCGAACUCUACAUCCUGAAAAGCUCACAAAGGAGAAUGUUGCUCUCCUGCCAAUGUGUGGUAUUCGAGUCUUACUGGGCGGGAAGUACCUAUCAGGACGCAGGACUCUAGCUAGAGGGUUGAAGCAAAGGUACCCGAAUAUGAGUAUCAUCGAUGUGGACGAGCUGGUGGCGGAGUGCAUCGAUAGGGAAAGAAGGAUUGAUGGGUUGGAAUACUGCAGACAGAAGACAAUGGAUGCGACGGUGAAUGGGAGUUGUAUCAGUGAUGACGUUUACGUGGACAUGAUUGUAGCCAAACUCAAUGAUGUGUUUGCUGAGGAGAUGGCUGAGGUUAUCGAUGUUCCUAAUGAGGAGCUCAGCAGGAGGGCGCUGGGCCGGCUGGUGGACCAGGAUACUGGUGUGGUCUUCCACAUACAGGCUAAUCCGCCACCGAUCGUUGCUGAGGCUGUCCGUAGAGCCCCUCCGGAGGUAGCGGCGCUAGUCCGUGAUCUUGGCGGGGAAUCGGGGACCAACAUGUUGAGGGAUCAAGUCUUGCCGUUGGAUGCAUCUCUGGCACCCCCUGCAGCCGCGAGCCAUGAGAGCAUGAGGAUGUCUCCGAAACGGCAGGGGUAUCGCAUGUCCUUCGGCCGUACCCAUCUCUAUGAUGAUCCGAUUUACCCUACCAGCACACUACCUCACCUGUAUCACGCCUUGGAUGAGAGAGAGGAGGCACUCGAGCGAGCAUCUGCCGCGAUGGGUCGCCCUACGUUGCGGAUCCCGUCGGGCACUCGGGAUGAGGUUUUGGAUAGGCUGUGUGAAGCUGUGGAGAAAGUUCGGCUGGACCGAGAAGGAACGGAGGUAUCAAAGGAGGAGGAGGAGGCCCCACAGGUCGCUGAGGUCGGGAGGCAACUAGCCCCAGCAGAGAUUGGCAAGCUUGUCCGUCAUCAGGCACCCAGUGUUUUUUCAUUGGUCGAAGCUCUGAAGAAAGUCGAUGUUUGUACGAUCCUGUACUUGGCACAGGAAUGGGAGUCCGCAGUGGUCGGCCCCAAAGGCUCGGACGAGCAGUACAGACAGGCCUUCCGAUGGAUACGACAAUGCAAGGACUGCCUCAGGCGCGGCCUCGCUGAUAUCCGAUCGUUGGUGAUACAACGGCUGGAGAUGGUCGAUGGUCGGCAGAGCGUUGUUAAUUCCUUCAUAGCUGACUUCAAUGCCUUCACGGAGGAAUAUAGUGAUAUGUGUCGAGAGAAUGAGGAGACUAAGGAUGAACUGCACGCUCGUGUGAGAGGGAGAGCCCGUUACGAUGGCGGCGCCCGUCAGCUCAUUUUCUGUGUCGAUAAGGUUGACGAUGUCUGCGAGCGCCUAGUGGUGGAGUUCGUACAUAAGAAGGUAGAGGCGGCCACAGAGCUCCGGAAGCAGAUAAUGGCAACGAGAUGGGCGGAGGCAGUACUGACAACUAUGGCUGCUGCCGUUCAAGCACUCUUCCGAGCCGAGUACGCGAGAUAUUACUAUGCAUGUCUGCUCCUAUGCGAUGCCUAUUCCCUGGUCCUGCCCUCGGAGCACGGUGGCCCUGUUCUGCACGAGCUGAGUGAUGGCGAGCAGCUCCAGGGUAUCGACGUGCUAGGAGUGGACGAUGAGACUAUUGCGACGAAUCAGGAGAAGGUCCGAGCCUUCCUCGACGAGGCUGCCUGUGGUGAGGGGGCUGAUGGUGGUCGUACCGAAGUACUGGAGACCCCUGAGGUCAUUUGGACGGCCUGCGAGGUUCGGAAGUACACCGUCUCGGAAGGUGAUGAUGGUGAAGCUAGAGGAGGCGAAUGGACCUUCCCGUUCAUCGACAAGUUGGAAGAGGCGGUCCGCAGGGCAUCAGAAGCUGCACCUGCACAGUUGUCAGCAUGGAAGGACCCGAGCAAGUUGGCAGACCCCGUACCCGACCCUAAGGCGGCCAAAGGUGGUAAGAAAGGAGGAGCAGCCCGGCAAGAGCCCAUCGAAGUGGCGCCCCCACCAGAGGCAUAUAUAGAUUAUCAGAGGGCUGUUCUCGAAGAGAAGGUUAUCCUGUCUACCAGGCUGACUGUACUCAAGAGGUGGGCUACUGAGCUGAUGAUGGAGGCUAACGAUAGUGUGGAGAAUACACUCGCUGAGGCUGAACGUUGGAUAAGCCUACGAGGGGAGGUCGAGAUGGGAACGAUCAAGGAGUUUGGAAAUAAGGUGAAGAGCCAUAUUGAAGUUGCGGGUAUGACAGAGUUCCCAGAAUACCGUGUCAUUACACUUUACUCCCGACCUUGGUGA